UUACAGCUUGUCUCAGCACUGGCUGUCGUGGUCCGUGCGGUACCCCAAGGCUACAAUAUAGCCACGCCAUCUGGAGGAGGAUUAUCUAUUGGUGGAGGUCAUUCAUCAGGAAGAAUCUCUGGUGGUGGAAUCACCGGUGGCAACAGAAUCUCUGGUGGAGGAAUCUCCGGUGGCAACGGAAUCUCUGGUGGUGGAUUCACCGAUGGAAACAGAAUCUCUGGUGGAAGAAUCUCCGGUGGCAACAGAAUCUCUAGUGGUGGAUUCGCCGGAGGCAGUAGAAUCUCUAGUAGCAGCGGAUUUUCUGGUGUAGGAUUUUCCGGUGGCAACGGAAUCUCUGGUGGAGGAUUCUCCGGUGGCAGCAGUGGCCCUGCAGGUGGUUGUGCUGAAGGAGAAAUUUUGCAUGUAGAUGGAUCUUGUGUUGUCCCCGUGGUUACAAGAAACGUCUUCUUGUAUGACGCUCCUGAACAGUCUCAGCAGCCAAGUGGUCCACCACCAAGUCUUCCACCGCCAAAGGUCGAUCACAAUAUCCUCUUCGUACGUCUUCCUGAAGGAGGAGAAGGACCCGAACCGAUUAUUGUUCCUCCACCAAAGCAAGAGAACAUUGUAUACGUCCUGAACAAGAACGAUGGAGCAGGUGGCCAGCGAGUAAUAGAAGUUACUGCUCCUCCACCUUCAGAUCCUGAAAUUUACUUUGUUAACUACGAAGAAGGAGAGAACCCAACUCUUCCGAUUGGUGUCGAUCUUGAGACUGCUCUCAGCGCUGCCGCUAGUGCUGGUGGUCAAGUCAUCGGAGGCGUGGGAGGUGUCGAUGGCUCUGGAGAUGGAGGAUUUGGUGGUAGUGGAACAGGUGGACUUGGAGGAGGAUUAGGAGGCAGUGGAGGAUUUGGAUUGGGAGGUAGUGGAGGAUCUGGAGCAGGAGGCAGUGGAGGUUUUGCUGGAAGCGGAUCAGGAAAUAAUGGAGGAUUUGGUGGUUUCAGUGGAGGAAGUGGGGGCUUUAGUGGAAGUGGUGCAGGUAGUACUGGAGGCUUUAGUGGAAGUGGAGCAGGUAGUACAGGAGGCAUUGUUGGGGGCGUAAGAGGCGCUGGAACUCCGUCCACGCUGUAUUCUAGACCGUAA